ACUUUAAUAUUCAGACAAAAAUCAACGAAACAUCCCGAGUACGAGAUGCAGGAGAAGAAGCGAGAGAUGGCGAGCAGCAACGGUGACUCUUCUUCUUCUUCUAACAAUAAGAACCCUAAAAAGGCGAAUUUGAUGGAUCCUCACUCCAUCAAGAAUCUUCUUGACGAAUCCGUUACAGAGAUCGUUACCAGUCGCGGAUACGUGGAAGAUGUGAGGAUGAGCAAUAUAAGACUGUUCAUGGGAGCCAUUAUCAUAAUCAUUGCUCUAGUGGCUCAGUUCUACCCAAAGAAGUUCCCUGAGAACAGAGACUUUCUAAUCGGAUGCAUCUUCUUGUAUAUUGCCCUCAAUGGAUUGUUGCAGCUGAUCACAUACUCUAAGGAGAAGAACGCAAUCCUGUUUACCUAUCCCCUCCCUGGAUCCUUCAGUAGCACUGGGCUGGUAGUUUCUUCUAAGUUGCCAAGAUUCUCUGACAUUUACACAUUGUCAAUAGCCAGUGCAGACCCAAAAUCACUCUCUGCUAAGAAACCUGUCCAGUUCACAAAGAGUGUCACUCAAUGGUUCACCAAAGAUGGAGUUCUGGUGGAGGGUCUGUUCUCGAAAGAUGUUGAUGGACUAAUCAACCAGUAUACAGGAGAAUCUAGGAAGAACAAGUGAAUAGUUUUUUAGUUCAUGCAGUAGAAUCAAGGCUAAAGGGGGGUAAAAAAAAUUUCAUGGACAAAGUGAGUUUUGAUAAAUUUCCUUUACAUGUUUCUGCUGAGACAUUCCCCAGUUCCAGAAACUAAUGUUGCCCAUUGUUAGCCAAGGCCCUCACAGACUCUCACUCUCAAUUCUCGAAUUUAAGUUAAAUAGAUGUUCAUCUUAAGUA